UAUUUUAAUGUCAUGUGGCGCAAGGUGUCCAAGAAAAAAUGUAAAAGAUGGGAAGGAGAUGCCAUAUUAUCAGUGACUAGAGGUGGCUUAAAGUUGCUUGAUGUCGAUGGCAAAUGCAUUGGCUCGAGUAUGUCCUACAAAGCCCACCAAUUGUCUAGCUUGAAAGAAGGUCAAACCCUUGUGAUUGGACAAAAGGAAGUGGAGGUGUUGUCCGUGAUUUCAGAAGAGGAUUUCCUGAAGGGAAGAUGUUUCAAACCUUCUAACGACGACCUAAUAGAUAUACAGAACGACAUAAAGAAAGAGAAAAAGAGAGAGAGAAGGAGAGAGAAUACAAAGACAUCAAUUAGAACGUCAAUCAAACCCAACAGCCAAUCGCAAUCUCCGCCUGUCGGGGCGUACAUUCUGCCCAGACCCAGUGACAGCCAUCAAGUUGUUGCUUUUUACCACAACCCUUCCGGCCUGCCAGUGGCUGAUGUGUACGUUGAUGCUUUUUUGUGCAAGUUUUUGAGGCAGCAUCAAAAGGAUGGCGUGGCUUUCCUCUACAAAUGCAUACUGGGCAUGAACAGGUCACGUGACGACGGCCAGCAGAGCAUGGUGGGCGGGGCUAUCCUUGCAGACGAGAUGGGAUUGGGUAAGACUUUGCAGUGCAUCUCAUUAAUAUGGACGCUCUAUAAGCAAGGUCCAUAUGGCGGUAAACCCGUUUUGAGGAAAGUUCUUAUCGUUGUACCCGGAAGUUUAGUGAAGAACUGGUACAAAGAGUUCAAAAAGUGGGUCACGCUCGAAAGAAUGCCCGUGUACAUCGUGUCAGCUGAUAAUGAGGUCAAGAAUUUCAUUCAUUUGACCUCUCAUCCUGUCCUCAUCAUCUCCUACGAUAAGCUGGUCAGAGAUAUUAAUGAAUUGAAGAGGAUAAAGUUUGACCUUGUUAUCUGCGAUGAGGGUCACAAAUUGAAGAAUAGUCGUAUUAAAACUACACAGUGCAUCAGCAGUUUGGACAUUAAGAGACGCAUAGUUCUCACGGGAACUCCGCUCCAAAAUGACCUUCACGAGUUAUUCAGUCUCGUCGAUUUCUGCUCGCCUGGUGCCCUGGGCACCAUCACCACCUUCAAACACGUGUACGAACAGCCGAUUCUGGCGUCACGUCUGCCCACCGCUUCGGUCGUUGAAUUGAAUCUAGGUCAGAACAGGGCACACGAACUGAACCGGGUCACAGGUCAACUUAUAUUGAGGAGAACCCAGGAGAUAAAUAAUAAGUUUCUGCCGCCUAAAGUGGACAUUGUGCUAAUCUGCAGCCUAACUCCUCUCCAACUUACUCUCUACAACAAGCUGGUCACCUCCAUCAAAUCUUGCGUAUCACAUUUCGAACAGCCGGCAUCAUCAUCUUCGUCGUCGUCUUCAUCGUCGUGUUUGGCGAAACACUUUACCUGUAUAUCGGCCCUGAAGAGUGUCUGCAAUCAUCCGGACUUGAUACAUGAGAAGUUUCAAUCAGACAAGAGUGGUGGGCGGGGAUAUGAUAAUAAGGAGGAGGAGUUAUGCAGUUCAGAUUUGCUCAACGGCCUUCAAGCUUUCUACCCCAAAGACUAUAAAUACAUGAGCGCCGAGAAUAAAUGUAUGUUUAGUAGCAAGAUGUUGGUGCUCCAUACUAUGUUGAAGAUGUUUAAAAGACGUAAUGGGGAUGAUGAGGGUAAUGAUGAUGAUGGAAAUGUGGGCAUCGGUUGUCCAGAGAAAGUGGUCGUCGUGUCUAAUUAUACCAAGACACUAGACCUAAUAGAGAAACUCUGCAAAUGCAACAACUACAAAUUCCUCAGACUGGACGGUUCGUUACCGACGUCUAAGAGACAGGAAGUUGUCGACAGGUUCAACAAUCCGGCCAUCAGGGAUUUCAUCUUCCUGUUGAGCACGAAGGCAGGGGGCUUCGGUCUGAACCUGGUGGGUGCCUCACGCCUCAUCCUCUACGACAUCGAUUGGAACCCUGCAAUCGAUCUGCAGGCAAUGGCUCGAGUAUGGCGCGAUGGCCAAAGGCAUCGAACCUACAUAUACCGGCUCUUAACGACCAACACCAUCGAAGAAAGGAUGUUCCAGAGGCAGAUAUCGAAGCGGUCGCUAAGUGGUGUCGUCGUCGAUUCGAAGUCGGUCGAUUCUAAAUAUUUACCGCAAUUUUCAAAAGAACAACUUAUGGAGUUGUUCAGCCCUGUUCCGGUAUCGCUAUUCGACACGAAUAUUCAUAGUAACUUACACAAAAAUAGUAGUUGUAGUAGUAGUAGUGGUAGUAGUGGUGGUGGUAGCGAUGGUGGUGUAAGUCUGUCCAUUACACACGACAUGCUAAACUGUAAAAAAUGUCAUAAGGUUUUGAAUGUUAAUACUACUGCUACUAAUAAUUAUAGUAUAAUUAGUAAAAAUUAUGAUGAUAAUAAUGAUGAUGAUGAUGAUGUUGAUUAUAAUUUAGUCAUAGAUAUUAACGACGAUAAUGAUGAUAAUUGUUAUAACGAUGACGAUGAUGAAGAUAUUGGUGACGACCUACCUACGGAUUGAAAAAUUCUUGCAUGGAUGAACUACUGAACUGGAAACAUCUAGCCGGACCGAAUCCCGAUCUCUCGACACUUGAUCCAUUGUUGGAACGCGGUGCAUUUCCUACCGUUACAUUUGCAUUUUCAACUGAAAGUAAUAAACCAGGAUAACAAAUAUCCAUUUGCAGCGUGUUUUCAACUUGUGUAUGUAUGUGUGUAAGUAUGUAUGUAUGUAUGUAUGUAUGGGUAUAUAGUUAGUUUUUGGAAGGCUUAGUAUUAUGUGGCUAUCAAUUUGUAUGCUUGCAUUUGUGCGUAUUUAUGUGCUUCGAAAUUGUAUGUGUGUGUAUACACUUAGAAAUACAUGUGUAUAUGUGUGUGUACGUGUGUAUACAAUGUACAUAGGGGUGUACCGUAAGAUGUUUGUGUGUAUCAUACAAAAUUGUAUUCUAUGUUUGUGUCGCUGUGAGCGUCUAUAUUAAAUGCGGCCACAUGUGGUUUGGGUGUUUGUAUUUUUUGCUUUUAUGUUUUUGGUAAAUUUUGUAUUCAAUAACCUUAUACAUGUUGCAUGUCCAUAUGUCAAUGUAUAUGUGUUUAUAAAUGUCAUUGACUGAGAUUCACUUUUAAAUUUUUUAUUAAAUGUUACAAUUUCUAUGGUAAACAUAUACAAAUUUAAAUAGACUGAGAGGCAUUUAAAUUUUAAAUGUCCGUAGCGAUUUUAUUUAAAAAUUCAAAAUUGAAUCCAAUUGAAAUACGAAAUUUUAAUUUAUUUAUUCUUUUAUACUAUUUAUUGUAAUGUCGAAAAUUGAAAUUCGAAAUUUUAAAAAUGGCGAAAUGAUUUCUUACACUCUGCCUCUCUUGAUUGGAGCCCUUCAUGUUCAAUCUGUACCCCUUAAUAACAAUAAUAAUAAACUUUCAUCACAUAAUAAUAAUACAAUCAAUAAUAACAUUAAAAACAGUAAUAACAAUAAUAACAUAAAUAGCAGUACCAAAAAUAAAAAUAAAAGCCAAUGGCAAUCUCCUAAUUCUCCUACUAAUUCUAAUUGUGAAACCAUUUUUGUCAAGGACCCUAACGACGGCCGCGUUAUUAGUGACUGGCCUAUCGUCGAUCACAGAUUUAAGAUUUUUCUUGAGUUAGAUAAAAUAGGUAAAAAUGAAUUUCUGUUGAGUUUAUCAAAAGAUUCUCAACAAGAUAACAACGAUAAAGAUGAUAUUUUAUUUUCUUUAGUCUUCAGACCGUCAAAGUUUAAAUAUUUCGUCAGGCCUGUUUAUGUUGUCUGCUCUGAUCAUGAUGGGUCUUUUCAAGGCCCAAAAGAUGAAGACUGUUCAGUUGAAAGUGCAAAGAAAAGAAUUACACUGGCUUCUAAAAUGAUUCAAACGUACAUUGCUGAAAAACUUUAUGAAUUAGGUUUUGGACACAAAACAUUUGCAUUAGAAACAGACAGAUAUAAGAAUAAAGAUGUUACAACACGCAACAACAACAUCAACAACAACAGCAAAAUCAGUAACGACGACGACAACAACAACGACAUUAACGACUUUAUAAAAGACAGCAAUGACAGUACCAGCCACUGCAGAAAUGCUUUUAAUGUCUUUGGUAACAGCAAACACAAUGACGUCAACAU